AUGCCAGAACCACUUUCUAUACCACGUAUAUAUUACUUGCUUGAUACUUCUCGAUCAAUGGAUUACACCUACGGUAUAAAAUGGCCACUCUGUAGUAUUAUUCCUGGUCUUACACGUGGCGAACAUGCUUUAAACAUGUGUGCAACAUUUGAAAGAAUAAAACCAUCUUAUAUUCAUCGUUAUUUCAUUAGUUUCCAAGGUGAUACCGAUGAAUAUCCUGAUCAUUCACUUAGUUUGGAUGCUAUUCAAAAUAAAUAUAAAAAUAAAUCACGCCCUCGAUAUAGAAGUAAUAUCAUACAACGUUUACAUAAUGUACUUCAAAUAAUGAAACAUGAUGCACAAAAUCGUCCGAAUUCUGGUUCACGUCUUAUUAUUUUUUCUGAUGGUGACGAUAACAAAAGCACUAGAACAUUAAGAUAUUUACAUCAGCAAACAAUGAAGGAAUUAUCUUCCAUAGGCAUCAGUGUUGUUGUUAUCAAUUACGAUACUAUUGGGCUUGAAUUUCCUGAUGCUCGUCAUUUCAAUAGUGAUGAUUUUCCACCUGGAAAUAUGGAUGGACAAGUUAGAAACUUGCUUCAUCAAAAUGCACCUCACAAUAGACAGUAUGAUAGUGCAUCUAUUUCAUUAUCUCAUUCUUCACGUAAUAAUGGCCAAUCCAAUAUUAGAACAUUAAAUGAUCUUCAACCAUCUGUAGAAGAAAGUCAAUAUCAAUAUAAUCAAGUUUAUGUUACAGCUUCUUAA